GCAGGAAAUGCAGCAGAGUUAUAACUGAAACUACACACGAUCACCUGAACAGGUAAGAAGACUAGCAGCACCAGCUCCCUAAACUAGACCUGAACCAGUACCAGCUGCUGGGUCGGUCUCUGUGCGUCUGAAGUGUUCUGACCAUGAGGUGGCGCUUUCCUCCUCUUGCUCUCCUCCUCUUGUCGCUCCUCUCCCUGCUGGUGGAGGGGGCUUCAGGAUUCAGGAUCUGUGCCUACAAUGUGGAGAAUUGGAACUGGACAAAAGUGUCACAGAGCAGAGUGCUACACACUCUGACACGGAUCGUGGGUCGCUGUGAUAUCUGUCUCCUGCAGGGGGUGAAGGAUCCUGAUGGUAAAGCCAUUAAAAAGCUUCUCAUUUCAGUCAAGAGGGCCACUCCAAGGUAUGAACAUUACAAAUACAAGGAAGUAUCCAGUAAGAGUCUGGGAAACUCUCCCACCGACAUGCAGCAGUAUGUUUUCAUCUACAGGUCAGGCAUGGUGAGUGUAACGGGGACGCAUCAAUACGAGAAGAAACAGUCCUUUGUCCGAGCGCCGUACGCCGUUCAGUUCCAAAGCAAUAAAACCGCAAUCGAGAAGUUUGUUUUGGUUCCUCUGCACACUCAUCCCAGUAAGGCUGUUCAGGAGAUCGACCGACUCUACGACGUCUUUGAGGAAGUCCGCCAGAAAUGGAAUAACACGAAUGUGAUGUUCCUGGGAGAUUUCCAUGCCAGCUGUGCCUAUAUGACCCGAAAGAACAAGAAAGACAUCCGACUUUUCAGCAGACCCGGUUUCUCCUGGCUGAUCCAUGACAAAAUGGACACCACUGUCAAGGACAUCACCAACUGUGCUUAUGACAGGAUCGUGGUAUAUGGGAAACCCUUUCUGAAGGGCAUCACUGUGAACUCUGCGAAAGUCUUCAACUUUCUGAAAGUGUUGAAAGUCUCCAAGGUCAAGGCGCUGCACGUGAGCAACCACUUACCUGUGGAGGUGAUGCUAAAGAGCUCCGCCUCUCUCCUCCAGGCCACGCCCCUCCUGUUCCUCAUCAGCAUCUCUGCGAUCGUGCAGUACUUCCUGUCUGCCCUGUGAUCGCCUGCUUCAGUCUGGAAGUGUAUCUGAUCUAAAAGCCUUUUUAUUCAUCCAAAGUCACCUGCACAUCAAUGCUCUGAUCAUAAAGAAGGAUCUGGUUUAUUUUAACUGUGGUUUGAAGUGACACAGAUUUCUUUAUAGACGUAUUGGUAUGUUCAUAUGGUUUAUGUGUCAUAUGAUUAAUUCUAUGACACAUAAAUGCAUUUUUAUAUCAAGAUAAAUUAUGAUUAUUGCCAAAAAAAAGUUUCCAAAGAUAUCAGACCUCGUGAUAUCGUAAAGCGUAUUUCCAAUGUAAUGACUAUUAUCUCAAGAUAACAAAUAUCCCAUGCUGUAUCUGUCCUUCCUCCUUUUUCAUUCAGUCAGGUUGUGUGCCAUUCACCACCAUGAGUGCAUACAUAUAAUAAGAGUAAUGCAAUAUAACAUCAAAUAGCAUAGUCUAUUCAGGAUGGCUGACACAGCAGUUGUGAUUUUUACACUCGCUUACUGAAUGUAAAUACUGUAUAUUGAAUUUUAAUAACAAGUUAUACAGCUGUUUGGAUUUUCCAAAUGGCUGCUAUGUAAACUUAUUAUUUUAGAAGUAAGAUUUCCUAAUUCUUUUCUCUGUAUAUAUUUGGAGUAUGUGAGGAAAUUGUAAGACUUUUAUUGUACGUGUGUUUUUAUGUAUUUUUAAUAUUCAGCGAUGUUUUGUUUUUUGAAAUUAAAAUGCUGUCAUUACUUGAAA